AUGGAGGCAGCAGUGGUGAGCGUGUCGCGGGGCGCCAUAGGCUUCGUGAUUGCGAAGCUUGGCAAUCUGCUCGCCGGCAAGUACAAGCUGCUCAAGGGAGCCAAAGGAGAGAUCAUGUUCCUUAAAGCUGAGCUCGAGAGUAUGCGAGCAUUCCUGGAGAGGAUGUCGGAGGCAGAGGAGGAGCCCGACAAGCAAGCCAAGUUAUGGGCGAAGGAGGUGUGUGAUUUGUCCUAUGACAUCGAGGAUAGUGUUGACGAGUUCAUAGUCCUGGUGGAAUGUGAGUCCAACUGCGAGCCGCAUGGAUUUAAGGGAUUCAUUCAGAGGAGCAUGAACUUGUUGACGACGAUGAACACUCGGCAUAGGGUCGCGAAGGAGUUCCGAGGCCUCAAGGGUCGUGUCAUGGAGGUGAGCGAGCAACGCAUGAGGUACAAGAUUGAUGAUGCUGUCUCAAAGCAAAACAAGACAACCAUAGACCUUCGCCUCCUGGCACUCUACGCAGACACUGCGGGCCUUGUGGGUAUCGACGGGCCGAGGGAUGAAUUAAUUCGGCUGAUGGCGAGUGAAGAGGGUAGUCCUGCGCAACUGACAAAGGUCCUCUCCAUAGUUGGAUUCGGAGGGCUUGGUAAGACUACACUUGCGAACCAGAUUUACCACAGGCUAAAGUGGCAGUACCAGUGUCAAGCUUUCGUUUCUGUGUCCCAGAAACCAAACAUAAGAAUGAUUUUGAGAAGAAUGCUCUCUCAAGUCCAUGGAGUGCCAGAGGGAACCAACAUGGAAAUAUGGGCUGAGGAGGAACUGAUCAGUGAACUCAGAGAAUUCCUUAUAGAUAAGAGGUACUUGAUUGUAAUUGAUGACAUUUGGGAUGAAACUACAUGGAAUGUUAUUAGAUGUGCUCUUCCAGAAAAUAUGUACGGUAGCAUGAUAAUAGCAACUACCAGAAUUAAUUCUGUGGCUAGAGCUUGCUGCUGCCAUCAACGUGACUAUGUUUAUAAGAUGAAGUCACUAAGCAAAGAAAACUCAAGAAAGCUAUUUUUUAAACGAGUAUUUGGUUUAGAAGAUGCUUGCCCUCCGUACUUGGAAGAAGUUUCAGCUCAAAUUUUGAAAAGAUGCGGCGGCUUGCCUCUUGCAAUUGUGACUAUAUCUAGCCUUUUGGCUAGUGAGCGAAACAAAUUGAAGGAGCAUUGGGUGCACAUAAUGAAUUCUCUGGGCCCUAAUUUUGAGGUGAAUCCAACAUUGGAAGGAAUGAGGCAAAUACUGAGCCUUAGUUACAUAAAUCUUCCUCACUAUUUGAAGACAUGCAUGCUUUAUUUGGGUAUGUAUCCAGAGGACUAUAUAAUCAAGAAAAGUGAUUUGGUCAGGCAAUGGGUAGCCCAAGGUUUUGUAAGUAAAGCACAUGGGCAAUGGCCAGAGGAUGUUGCAGAGUGCUAUUUUAACGAGCUUGUUAAUAGAGGCAUCAUUCAACCAGUUGAUACAGAUCAUAACUAUCUGGAUGGUAUAAUAGAUGGUGCAAUGUUGGAAACCACCCAGCUCUCACAAGUAAGAGCGCUGGCGAGAUUUGGUACCUCUGCAUAUGCACCUCCUCUCUUGAAGUUCAAGCAUCUCCGAGUUUUAACUCUUGAAUACCUGAUCUCACUAGAAUAUCUCAUUUGUUCCAACUGA